GUCAACAAGCGUAGCGAAGGACACAAGGAAAUCGUUGGUUGAAGGCCUCUAGUCUGACAAGUAGUAGGCAAGAGGCAUUUCUAGAAAUUCAUGGCGUAUAGCCGAAUACCAAAAUCGUUAUAAUUAACCUCUAGAGAAACUAUCAUUUCCACCAUUUCCAUGAAGUAAGUCCACCAAAAUCCUGGUGUGCUUCAUGUUAUCAUUCAUGAGUAACAGCUGCUACGACGCACUAUACAAGUUCAGGACUGGGGAGUCAGACAGAUGAGAUAUACAGUGUGAACCGAUCUUUAAAUAUUCAUUUGUAGACUUUCCUUCUAUUUGUCAGUUUGAUAAAAUUUUAGUGCCCUAAUUGGUUGAUCCAACUGUAAAUAUCUUUCAAAAUGCCCAUAGUGAAAAUUGUGAAACCUCUUUUUAAAUUGUGCAUCAAAAGCAUUAGCACAAAUUUAGAAAUCAGUGAUUGCGUGGAUAAGCUUAACAUAGGGAAUAAGCGAGAUAACAACUUGGUCGGAAUUUCCAAAAUAAGCAAUUAUCCAUUUAUUCAUCAGUUGCCCGCAGUUGUUUCGGAAGAAAUUUUUAAACAUCUCUGGAAAGCAGAAGAAUCGCUUUAUAAGAAAAUGCUUCCCGAACAUAUUACGAAUGCACCGUAUUUGCAUUAUUUGAGGCUUUGUCCUUAUUUCGAAGACUUUUUGCAUUCCAUCCCAAAGUUUGGAAAAUUGCAAAUAUUGGAAAUGCCCCGCACUGAAGUUGGAGAUCUUUGUUUGAAACUCGUAGGAACUUACUGCCUAGAUCUCAGAGUGUUGAAUGUUUUUGCUUGCAGUAAAGUAACCGAUGUUGGAAUUCAAUGGCUCUGUGCUGACGACGAUAAUCCUGAAACGGUGAAGGACAGACCGGGUCAAUGCAAGGCAAUUAAAAAAUUAAAUGUUUGCUUGACCAAAGUAACAGAGGAAGGAAUUAAAACAGCCCUCAGGAAUUUGCCCACUUUAAGUGCUAUAAUCCACGAAACUAAAAUCUUUCAAGUCCUGGUAGAACUGACUGAAACGAGGCUGGAUCAAAACCAGACGCGCGUUCCAUUCUCAUUAUCCAGGCUCAUUGUAUCUGGUCUCUUUUUAUCGACUUGCUUAAGUCGUAAUCUGGGGCUGACGUCGUCCAUGUGCCCUUCGCUUCACAAGAUAGACAUGAUUUUGGAGAAAGGACUCACCGAUAUCGACCUCCAGUGUUUAACGUCCUUAAAAAUGCUCCGCGAAAUCAACUUUUACAGGAAAACGGGAGAAGAAAGAGAAGAUAUUGACAUCACUUUCGAUGGCGGAGUGGCUAAACUACUGGAGGAAAUAGGAAGUUCGCUGGAGAAGUUGGGUCUCUCUUGCUUUGAUGUCGUCAACAUUUCGACCAUCAUCAAAUUGUGUCCCAACUUGAACUUCCUGGCCAUCCAUCAUACCCGCGAUAGCGGUAACAGGGAAUUGUUGGAAAGUGAAAUCAACCGAUUCAAAAUUGAAUGGAGGAGAGAAGAAAAGAAAAUGUUGAAGAACCUCGCCGUUCUUUUUUGCGGUUACAACAUUCCGUCGGAACUUUUGCUCUGGCUUUUGAGCUUCCCCUCGCUGGUGGAUGUCCGGCUCUUUUUUUGCGAUUCGUUGACCGACGGCCUUAUAGAGAAAACCGUCAAACGUCGCCAUUUUCAGAAUUUGAGGGUGUUGGUGCUCUUGCGUUGUCACCUGGUGACCAAUAAGGGAAUCGACGCAUUAUUGGUCGACGGCAAUUUAAUCAGCGAAAUGUUUUUCUCACAUUGCAAUCAAUUGACGCUGAAGAAUGUUUCCGAUUGGCACAAGCUCGCCCGUAAGAAAAAUUGGGAAUUGUUUUUCUACAUGCAAGAAUCGAUUACUCAUGUUACGGCCAAGUUUGGUGAACGAAAAUUCUGAUUUUUGUUUCUGUUUAAUUUUUUCUGAUUAUGUAUUUACCCCAAGUAUUCAUUAAAUGUUGUAUGUGAUAGGCAAUCGAUUUCCGCCCAAAUGCCAAAUCACCUGAUCAAAUACAUAUGGCGACAAUAG